GCCUCCUUUGCUUUCCUAACAACCAAAUCGAACUGAACAGCGACAGCCGGGACCCGUUCGCCGGAGGGCAGUGGAUAAAUGUACAGAUUAUACUUCAGGCUCAUCGUGGCUCUUUUACACGAACUGAUAAGAUGUGCAAUAUGGGCAUUUAAAGUUUUUAUUUCAUGUCAUUGUUUAUUUACUUGAGUUUUUGUAAGUUUUUGAAAGUUUAGUGGGCUAACGCUUUUAUAAAGAUCCGUGUUUUUGUUGUUGUUAUAAUAAUUGGGUUACCGGGGUAUAGUAUUGAUACAAUAUUACCACCACAUGGCCGGACCGUUUUGAUACUGUCGCUAGUUAUUGUAGCUCAAUGAUAACAUAGUUAAGUGACUGUAAAUCAGUGGCCAAUGUUGUUCUAUCUUUAAGGGACGAGGUUUCUAGCUAGCUUUGCUAACAGUGUUAUUGUUAUUAAACCUCUCGCUGGCUGCACGUUAGCAGGCAAUAAAACACAUGCAGGAGCACUGAUUCUAUACUACGAGAGACUACUUUUUUUUUUAAAGGAAUAUGGAAACCACUGUUGAUGUAAACCACAUUUUCCCUGAAAGGAUUACAGUUUUGGAUCAAAACCUGAUUGCAUUUACAAAAUCGCUGGGAAGGUCAGAUCCUCAAUCUCUAAUUGCAGCAGUAAUUGAUGAGCUUGGAAGAGCCUCAGCCAAGGCCCAAUACUUGACAGCACCAAUCACAAGUGCAUCAAAGCUGCAGACCAACAAGCACCAUCUCUACCUGCUUAAGGACGGAGAAAGCAACGGAGGAAAGGGACUGGCAGUGGGUUUUCUAAAGGUUGGCUGUAAGAAGUUAUUUCUGCUUGACCAGCGAGGGGCGCAUGUCGAGACGGAGCCUCUGUGUGUCUUGGAUUUCUUCGUGACAGAGCACCUUCAGAGGCACGGCUACGGACUGGAGCUGUUUAGCUUCAUGCUGCAGCACAAAAAGGUAGAGCCAGUGACGAUGGCUUACGACAGGCCCUCCCCUAAGUUCCUCUCUUUCCUGGAGAAGCAUUACAGUCUGAAAAACGGUGUACCUCAGGUCAAUAACUUUGUGGUGUUUGAUGGUUUCUUCACCAACAGAUCAGCGGCCCAGUUGAGAAAGGUUCCCCCCAAAAAGCUGGACGGAGAGAUCAAGCCCUACUCACUAACACAGAGAAGGGCUGUGCGAGAGGAGCAGAGGGCUCUCUCCUGGCCUUUGUGUUGCCCCGCGGCUCCUCCCUUCUCUCCUCCGUUGUCGGUAUCCUCCCUGUGCUCCCCAAGCAGGGCCCACCAGUGCCCCAACCCGGCCCUGGCCCCAGCAUCUGCCCCUGGGGGCUACAGGGGCCCGGCCCCCAACCCCCCACUGAUCGGCAACCUCAACUACAGGGUAAAACGCACCAGCCAACAGGGCCUAGUUGCCAGGGGAAACCUCUACAGUCGCUACAUCAACACCCGGGGCUUUGGGCUGUUGUUGGAGACCCAGCAGAACACCUUCAAACUGCCAGGUUUGACACCAUUAUUGAGAGAGAGAGAGACUGACACGGGGGGACAGACAGACCCCCUGGGACACACAGACAGGUCCCUUCCACCUCUCUCCCUAUCCAGGAAGGAGUUGCUCUGCUCCCAGAACACCAGAGAACCAGACAGACAGGCUGGGAUGGAGACCAGGGUGCUGGAGAAUAGGCUCAGGGUGGGGGUAGGGGGAGAGAAAGGAGGUGGGCCCCAGGUGGUUGAGAAGGGGCCAUUGGGGGCUGAGAAGAACAGGGGGAGAGGAGGCUGGUCAUGGACGGUGGGAGAGAGCUGCUGUAACACAGCUCAGUGGGUCAGGCAGAAGCAGGAAUAUAACAACACCAGACCCUGGUGACCCACAUGGAAGACAGACGGGCUGACAAGACGAAGGACAUAGAAGACGGGCUGACUGACAGACGGGCUGACUGACAGACGGGCUGACUGACAGACGGGCUGACAAGAAGAAGGACAUAGAAGACGGGCUGACUGACAGAUGGAUGGAUAAGAAGCAGGACAUAGAAGACGGGCUGACUGACAGACGGGCUGACAAGAAGAAGGACAUAGAAGACGGGCUGACUGACAGAUGGAUGGAUAAGAAGCAGGACAUAGAAGACGGGCUGACUGACAGACGGGCUGACAAGAAGAAGGACAUAGAAGACGGGCUGACUGACAGAUGGAUGGAUAAGAAGCAGGACAUAGAAGACGGGCUGACUGACAGACGGGCUGACAAGAAGAAGGACAUAGAAGACUGACUGACUGACAGAUGGAUGGAUAAGAAACAGGAAGAAAAAGACCGACUGACAGACUGAUUUAAUAGAGAUUUAGAGAAAUGGACUGUGAGCUAGAGUCGAGAUAGACGGGAAGACAGCCACAGCCAAUCCUCACCCACUCACCUUCAGCCCUCUCAUCUGAUCACUGGUUAGUGGUGCUAUGUCUUCUAGACAGAACAAGUGCCCUCUCACCUGAUUACUGGUUAGUGGUGCUAUGUCUUCUAGACAGAACAAGUGAAGGGUUUGGUUGGUAUGCAACAAUAGUCAGCCAGAUGUCACAGGAUACGUCCCAAAUGGGCACCCUAUUCCCUAUGGGACCUGGUCAAAAGUAGUGCACUAAUGUAGGGAAUUGGGUACCAUUUUGGGUCAAAAGUAGUGCACUAACGUAGGGAAUAGGGUGCCAUUUUGGGUCAAAAGUAGUGCACUAACGUAGGGAAUAGGGUGCCAUUUUGGGUCAAAAGUAGUGCACUAAUGUAGGGAAUAGG